AUGUCACAACGAAAAUCCUAUAGAAAGAAGACUGCCGGCGGCGCAGCAGCCACAUCUUCGUCAACGUCUGCCUCUUCGGAGCAGGUGUCCACAUUGAACGAGAUGUUCCCAGAUUGGGAGGCCGACGAGUUGGAGGCGUUGUUAGCCGAGCACCACAACGACUUGGAAAUUGUCAUUGACUUGAUUGUCAACCAGAAGGUUUCAAAAUGGGAACCCAUCAAGAAGGAACCUAAGACUAAAAGAAGAGAAGAAGCUGUGGAGCAGACACAUGCCAACGCCUCGCAACAUAUACAUAGUCACCUGGAUUCUCAGGCCAAGGGCAAGCAUCCAAGAGAGAAGCACAGCAAGCCUGACAGAGUCGAGAGAACCGACAGAACCGACAGAAAUGAUAGAGGUGACAAGAGACGCGAGAAGAAAUCAGCAUCUUCCACUGCCACCAAGAAGGAUGCUUCUGCACCAAACGCUGCCUCUUCUGCUGCCGCUCCUGCUGCCUCUACUUCUACUACUGCAUCUACAUCCACCGCUGCCUCUAGCACCAAUACCAGCAGCGCCUCUGCUGCUCCAGCCGGUUCUUGGGCCUCUGCAUUGUCCAAGGACGCUCAGAAGCCUAAGCCUAAGCGCGUAGUUGAAGCCGAGUCCUCCGAGCCUGUCGAGUCAACUUCCACCUCCACCACCCAAGAAUCUGCAUCCACCAAGCCUGCUGCCAGCGAGGCCGUUGAACCUACUCCUGUUUCUGAAAAGCAAGAGUCUACACCUGCUUCCUCCAAGGUCGCUCCUGUCGCCGCCCCAGCUGCUACCUCUUGGGCAUCUGCCAUCAAGCCUAAGGCCAAGCCCCAACCACAAGUAAAGAAAGCUCAAGCCGAGCCUGUGAAGGAGGUCACCGUUGAAGAGCCUGUUGAGCAAGAAGCCGUUCUUGUCGUUCCAGAGGGUGCUACUGAAACCCUUGCUCCAGAUGUGGAGGCUGUCGUUGUCCCAGUUGCCGCUGAAGAGGUCACCGAGACCGUUGUCGAGGCCGCUGAGGACGUUCCAGCCGUCUCUGUAAUUGAGUCUGAGGUCGUUUUGCCUCAACAAGUCAGCAAUGUUGGUGUUUCUUUCGGCUCUUUGUCCAUCCAAGCUCAAGAGCCUGUUUCUGAGGAACCUAAGGCCGAACAAGCCACCGAGCAAGCUGCCACCGAGCAACAAGCCCAAGCUCCUGCCGCUGAAUAUGCCAGCAAGACUAGCGCUGCUGCCCCAUCCCAACCUCAACAACCUCAACAACCACAACAACCUCAACAACCACAGCAACCACAACAGCCACAACAACCACAACAAGGCUACCCUUACGACCAACAACAAAAGAACACUGCUGCUGCUAACCAAGCUUAUGACUACUACUCUCAUUUCCAAUCUCAGCAACAGUUCCCACAACAAGUUGCUGCUGGAACCAUGCCAAACCAAUUUGGUUACCCAUCUUUCGACUACUCGGCUGCUUAUGGCCAAGCUGCUCAAGGUGGUUUGGACACUAUGACCAACAGUGCCUACUACCAGAACAACGUUGCCAACGGUUCUAGUGGUGAGACUGGCGCUCCAAACACUGAAGGUGCCAAGAACGGUGUUGAUAUUGCUCAAUCUCCAUUGGUCACCCACCCAAUGAGCCAGGGCUUGCAAAACCCACAACAGUCGCAACAAAUCCCCGGCGCUGCCCCAUUUGCAUACCCUAACUACUACAACUACUACUACAACACACCAUUCUACGGCAAUGGUGCUGGCAUGGCUGCUGCCACCAACAACGCUUAUGGUAUGCAACAACCUCAACAGGCCCAGCAACAGGCCCGUCAAGGUAGCGAGAACGGCUCGGCACCAGAGGGCGAGCACUCUGGAGCACAAAACGCUGCAUCUCUCCAAGCUGCACAAGCAGCCAGUCAAUUUUACGCUGCCCAGUAUUACGGUAACCCCAACCAGUUUGGAUCUAGAGGCGCUUAUCCAUACAGUGGAUACCCAACCAGCCAGCCAUACCCACAAAACGGCCAAACUGGCGAGCAGGGUGAGCAACCUCAGCAACCACAACAGCAAGGACACCAAGGUAGCCAACAGGGCCCAGGUCCUAACGGAGCACCUCAGUACCCACAACAGAGCGGCCAAUACGGUGGAUACCAACAGUACCCACAAUAUGGUAGCUACCAGGACAGCAACCAGUUCCGUGGGUGGUACUAG